ACAAAACAAAAAAUUGGCAUAAAUAGAGAAAAAGUUGGAUCCGAACAAAUUGCAACUCAAUUUAAUACUAUACUCUCGCAUUUUCUGUUCCAAUGGAAUCAAUCAACCUUAACUAAAUCCAUAAUCAAAAGUCCUUUACCAUUUAGAUUUCCAAAAGCAAAGAAACAUGCCUCGUGGAACUCUCGAGGUUGUUUUGAUCAGUGCCAAAGGCCUUGAUGAUAAUGAUUUUCUCACUAGCGUAGAUCCUUAUGUGAUUCUUACUUACAGAGCACAAGAGCACAAGAGUAAUGUGCAAGAAGGUGCUGGAUCCAAUCCUCAAUGGAAUGAGACCUUUCUAUUCACUGUUUCUGAUUCUGCUUCUGAACUCAAACUAAAGAUAAUGGAAAAGGACAGCUACAGUGAUGAUAAUAUUGGAGAAGCAAUAAUUCCUUUGGAUGCUGUGCUUGACGAGGGUAGUGUUCCAGAGAGUGUUUACAAACUAGUGAAAGAAGAACAAUAUUGUGGUGAGAUCAGGAUAGCUCUCACUUUUAAACCUGAGAGAAAUCAAGAACAGGGUUACAAUGAGGAAGAGAGUGGUGGAUGGAAACAAUCCGCUAGUGAACUUUGAAGUGAAUCAGGGAUUUGCAUUUGCAGAUUUCCAAGGUCUAAAAUUACUGCUAUAAAAUAAUCUCUUCAAUCAAUGUGUUUUCUGGUGUUGAUGAUAUGAUAGUGUUGUGUUUAUAAUUUUCAACCAAUUUGAUAUAUAAACUAUAUUAUCUUUGUCAUAACAUUGUAUGCAAUAAAAUUUAUUCAAAAGCAGCCUUACAAUUUAUUCA